AUAUGCGGUGGACCAAGUGCUAACCAGAACUUUUACACACACCAUUUCAAGUGGACAGCCAGCACCCAGCGCCAUGGAGAUGCUCCAUGGUGCGGCCACUGUAAGAACCUGGCACCGCACUACGCCAAGGCUGCCCAGCAGCUGCGCAGAGAGGAGGGCGCUGUGGGUACAGCGCGGCUCGCCAAAGUCGACUGCACGCGCCACAAGAAACUGGCCGAGAGGCACAGCAUCCGCAGCUAUCCGACGCUGAAGCUGCACACGGGCGACCGCUGGGUGGACUACGAGGGCGAGCACACGGCCGAGGCGAUCGCGGCGUGGGUGCGGCGUCGCGCCGGUCCGCCGGCCGUCACAAUCACCACCGCCGAUCAGGCCGAGACGUUCCUGGCGCAGAGCGAGGCGGCCGUGGUGGGGUUCUUUGCGGGCGGCGCCGGCGCCGGCUCGUUCCUCGAGUGGGCCGAGCGGGAGGAGAGCCUGCCGUGCGCGUUGGCCACCACUACAGAGGUGGCCGACAAGCUGGACGCUGCUGACGGCAGCGUGGCCAUCUUCAAAAAGUACGACGAGCUGCGUCACGAUCUGUCGGGCCCGGUGGACUCUGUGGACGAGCUGGCCGCCUGGGUGGACCGGCUGGCGCCGCCGCUGCUGCUCCGGUUCGGCGACAACACUGCCGAUGACGUGUUCGACUCGUCUGGUGACGGCACGCUGCUGCUGUUCACGCCGGCCGAUGGGGAGUUGUUCGAGGAGACGACGGCUGUCACCAGAGCCGUGGCGCGCGACCAUAGGGGCGAGAUGCUGUUUACCUGGGUGGACGUGAACGAAAAGUCGUUCAGUCGCGUGCUGGAGUUUUUCGGUGUGAAGCCCUCGGACGCUCCGACUGUGCGCGUUGUGCGUCCGAGCGACAUGACCAAGUACCGGUCAGAGAAGGGCGGCCCGCCGACCCGUGAGAGCCUACAGGAACUGGUGACGGCCUACCUGGGCGGCGAACUGAAGCCGUACCUUCUAAGUGAGGACCUGCCGGCCGACUGGGACGCCAAGCCGGUGCGCUACCUAGUCGGGUCCAAUUUCGACACCGUGGCACUCGAUAAGAGUAAAACGGUGCUGGUGGACUUUUACGCGCCCUGGUGCGGCCACUGCCGUAAACUGGAGCCGGAGCUCGAUAAGCUGGGUGAAAAGUACAAGGACUCCAAGACCGUGCUCAUAGCCAAGAUGGACGCCACACAGAACGAGCUGACGCACACGCGGCCGCGCAGCUUCCCCACCAUCAAAAUGUGGAAGAAGGGCACCAAUGAGGUGGUGGAGUAUAACGGGGAGCGGACCGUCGGCGGCAUGACCAAGUUCAUAGAGACGGACGGCGAGUACGGCAAGGCGCCGCCCGAGGAGGAUGAUUAUGACGACGACGAGGAUUUCGAAUACAGCGAGGACUACACCGAUGAUGACGAGUACGCCGGACACGACGAACUGUAAGCUACCCGUCUCCCGGCUGCGCGUCUCCAUCGUCGCUGCUCUCAUCGUCUGUGCAGUUAGCGACAUCAGUGGAGGAUUUGGUAGCGGCAGGAUAUCAUUCUAUCAGCAAAAACCCUUGAACACUACAGACUUUCUCACUGUGAAGGAUAGAAUGACGUGCAAUUGUGAGACACGUUGUGAGUGGUGGGUGUUGUUGGUAGGCGAAUAGUUUUGCAAUGUAAAAAUACUGAAAGUUAUAUGCAAGUUUCGGUGAUAUUGAACUAGAUAGUGCGAAAAGUGUCGGUGUAUGUCGGGUGCGCUUGUCGUGUCUUUGCGCUGUCAUGUUUUUUAUAAUAUGUAAGGUGUAGGCUUUUUAUUUCUAGCUUGGUAAGUUAUUAUUUAGUUGGAUGACUCGUUACGGAGCCUUAUCAUCCCGAAUUAACCUCGCGGAGAAAUGUUGAAAUGUGUAAGCAUUUUACGCAGAAUUAAUGCUACACUGAACACGUUACAAGAGAUUAUCACGAUUCCAAAGAAAUACACGUAUAACAUGUGUUGCUUCGUAGCUCGUAAGUGAAGCGUUUAUAUUUUGGGUUCAUAACUUUCACGCACUGUUACGGCGCCUAUUCCUGCAAUCGAGAUUUCUGCGUUACCUAAACAGAGUUUAAGGCUGGGCUGCGGAUGUGUGGAUAUCUGUACGUUGCCUGGAGUGGGAAUUUGCCGCUAAAAUGUCUUCCAUCGGUGUCAGUGGUGUUUUUUAGACUCGUUCGCUCGGUCAGAGUUUUCCAGUUCAUUGUCAAUAGACAAUACUUUUCAUAA